CCCCGUUUCUCCGCGCUCACUCCUUCUCCGCUCAGUUGCAGUGAUGUGCGAAAUGGUUUCGACCGACCUGCAUAUUUUCCUCCUGAGCCGUUUGCUCCAUCUUUGCUUCAAGCAACACCGAGAAUACAACGUGGGCCACUGAUUGGACCAGUGCCUCCUGUCAAUCCGUUAUUUGCCAUGGUUCCACCGACAACGCGUGCAGGGGCUAUUUACCCCCCACUGCAGCCACCUGGUGAAAGGCUUUGUAUGGUUAGCGUUGCAAUAGGUCCUGGUCGUGUGUUUACGGGCAUAGGAAGUACAUUUGCGCAGGCAAAAGCUAAUGCUGCUGCUCAGUGUUUGGGAUAUCUUGGUCCACAUAUUCAAGCUCUAGAUGCUAAGCUGAAGUUAGAUGAGCAAAGGCGCAAAGCCUCACUUCAAAAGUCGACCUCCGAGGAAGGAAUGACGAAUGGGACCACAGAGGGAGCAGUGGAGCAUGCGGAAGGCUCAGCUGAUAGUGAAAAUGUUCCUAAACACAAGCAGAAAUCUGUGAUUAGUCAGGUGCAUGAGUGUGCUCUGCAGAUGAAGCUGAAUGUGGAAUUCGAGGUAGUCAAAGAAGUUGGACCUCCGCACGAUCGCUCGUACGUAGUUCGAUGCUCUCUGCGGAAUCCGAAAAAUGAGGUGCUGUAUUGUCUCAAAUUAUAUUCACGUAGAGUAGAUGAAUGUAAGUAG